AUGGCGGCUGUGAGCUCUUCUCUCCGUGAGGAGCAGUUUCUCUGCUCCAUCUGUCUGGAGGUCUUUACUGAUCCAGUCACAACACCGUGUGGACACAGCUUCUGCAGCAUCUGCACCAACAAACACUGGGACAACAGCGUCCUCUGCAGCUGUCCAGUCUGUAAACAGGUCUUCAGCCCAAAACCACAGCUGAAAGUUAAUACUUUAUUGUUAGAGGUGAGCUCUCUGUUCAGAAAUAAGCCUCAAGAUGAAGACACGCUGUUAGAGGCUCCAUCCACUGCUCCAGGAGAGGUCUGUGACCUGUCCACUGCUCCAGGAGAGGUCUGUGACCCGUCCACUGCUCCAGGAGAGUUGGACUGUGACGUCUGUCCAGAGCCCAGGCUCAGAGCCCUGAAGUCCUGCCUGCUGUGUCUGACGUCGUACUGUGAGAGCCACCUGCUGCCACACCUCACAAACCCCCGUCUGAAGAGGCACCAGCUGAUCCACCCUCUGCCCAACCUUGAGGAGCACAUCUGCCCUGAGCACCAUCGGCCCCUGGAGCUCUUCUGUAGGGACCACUCACACUUCAUGUGCGUGCAGUGCAGUUAUACAGAGGAUACAAAGCAUCAUACUGUCUUAUUGAAGGAGCAGGGAGAGGAGCAGCAGGCCACACUGAAGAAACAGAUCAAAGACAGACGUGUGAAAGUCCAGGAGAUCCAGCGCUCAGUGGAGCAGAGUCAGAGAAAGGCAGACGCAGAAAUACAAGAAGAAAAGCAUCAGCAGGUGGAGGAGGAGGCGUCUCAGCUGAUAGAGCAGAUCCAGACAGAGAUCUCUGAGCUGGAGCAGAGAGGAGCUGAGAUGGAGCAGCUGUGGACCUCUGGAGACCACCUGUCCUUUGUCCAAAUCUUCAUUACAGUCAAACCUGCUCCACAGCUCAGAGACUGGAGCCAGAAGACUGUCAGGACCCUGUCAUACAAGGGGACAGGGGCCCAAGCUAUGUCUGAGCUGAGGAACAAACUGAACACAGAGAUGGAGACGUUCUUUAAAGCAGAGUUAGAGAAAGUUCAAGAGUUUGCAGCUGAGGUGUUCCUAGAUCCAGACACUGCAAAUCCAGACUUAGUUCUGUCUAAAGAUCUCAAACAGAGCCAAAACAAAAGAGCAGAAGUUGAGGAGAAAGGAGCCUCACACAGAGACAGAGGAGAGUGCGGCACCAAAGGAAUCAAACUACAGACCUUUCUGCUUCUCUCAUCUCUGAGUAAAGUGAUGGCGGCUGUGAGCUCUUCUCUCUGUGAGGAGCAGUUUCUCUGCUCCAUCUGUCUGGAGGUCUUCACUGAUCCAGUCACAACACCGUGUGGACACAGCUUCUGCAGCAUCUGCAUCAACAAACACUGGGACACCAGCGUCCACUGUAGCUGCCCACUUUGUAAACAGGUCUUCAGCCCAAGACCACAGCUGAAAGUUAAUACUUUUAUGUUAGAGAUGAUCUCUCUGCUCAGAAACAAGCCUCAAGAUGAAGACACGUUGUUAGAGGCUCCAUCCACUGCUCCAGGAGAGGUCUGUGACCUGUCCACUGCUCCAGGAGAGGUCUGUGACCUGUCCACUGCUCCAGGAGAGGUGGACUGUGACGUCUGUCCAGAGCCCAGGCUCAGAGCCCUGAAGUCCUGCCUGCUGUGUCUGAUGUCGUACUGUGAGAGCCACCUGCAGCCACACCUCACAAACCCCCGUCUGCAGAGGCACCAGCUGAUCCACCCUCUGCCCAACCUGCAGGAGCACAUCUGCCCUGAGCACCAGCGGCCCCUGGAGCUCUUCUGUAGGGACCACUCACACUUCAUGUGCCUGCAGUGCAGUUAUACAGAGGAUACAAAGCAUCAUACUGUCUUAUUGAAGGAGCAGGGAGAGGAGCAGCAGGCCACACUGAAGAAACAGAUCAAAGACAGACGUGUGAAAGUCCAGAAGAUCCAGCGCUCAGUGGAGCAGAGUCAGAGAAAGGCAGACGCAGAAAUACAAGAAGGUCUCAGAGUCUUCACCGCUUUGAUGGAGUGUGUUCAACAAAGUGCAGACAGCUUCAAACAGUCUAUUGUAGAAAAGCAUCAGAAGGUGGAGGAGGAGGCGUCUCAGCUGAUAGAGCAGAUCCAGACAGAGAUCUCUGAGCUGGAGCAGAGAGGAGCUGAGAUGGAGCAGCUGUGGACCUCUGGAGACCACCUGUCCUUUGUCCAAACCUUCAUUACAGUCAAACCUGCUCUACAGCUCAGAGACUGGAGCCAGAAGACUGUCAGGAUCCCGUCGUACAAGGGGACAGGGGCCCAAGCUGUGUCUGAGCUGAGGAACAAACUGAACACAGAGAUGGAGACGUUCUUUAAAGCAGAGUUAGAGAAAGUUCAAGAGUUUGCAGCUGAGGUGUCUCUAGAUCCAGACACUGCACAUCCAAACUUAGGGAAACAGAAGUUCUCAUCAGGAAAGUUUUAUUUUGAGGUUCAGGUCAAAGGAAAGACAGACUGGAAUGUAGGAGUGGCCAAAGAGUCAGUGGAUCGAAAAGAUCAAGACUCUCAAACUGUACAGAAAGGAUACUGGACACUCUUGUUGGGCGGUGGUCGUUACAAAACAUCAGACGAGCCUCCUGUAGAUCUCUCUGUUCAGUCGUGUCCAGAGAAGUUGGGAGUGUUUGUGGAUUAUGAUGAAGGUCUGGUCUCCUUCUAUGACGUGGAUAAAAAGUCUCUUCUUUGGUCUUUCACUGACUGUGGCUUCACUGACAACAUUCUGCCGAUGUUUAAUCCAUGCAACAAUGAAGAAGACUUGUUUUCUCUUCUACCCGAAGCUGAAAACACACACCCAUCCUUGAGCCUUUAUCUUUCGAUAUCUAAUGGUGAAAGGAAUUCAAUACUUAUACAAAUUCAGAGAUUUCCAUCAUUUUUCAAACCCAUCCUUGCACUUUUUGUUCACUUCCUCAUUUACAUCUACUUUUGA